AUGCGGCUAUCUGAGUUCCCUGAGCUAAUUGAAAAAUGGCACGGCGAACUUAUUCCCAUCAAGCCCUCUUGGCAAUUAGAAUCACUGGUGGUGGAUAAAUGUCGAUCAUUUACUAAUGCUAUUCCAUCCAGAUUGAUACCUGUUUUAAAUGAAGUGCAAAGAUUGCGAGUGCGCGAUUGCGAGUCGCUAGAAGAAGUAUUCAAUCUUGAAGGGCUAGAGGGCGUGCGAAGCACUCGGUUGCUGCCUUUCUUACGACAUCUAGACUUGGCCAAUCUACCAAAGUUGCGGCGAAUAUGGAACAACCACCUCCAAGGGACGCUGCGCUUCGAUAUGAUAAUUAGCCUCACCCUUUAUAAAUGCAGCAACUUGAGACAUGCUUUCACUCCAUCGAUGGCUCGGUGUGUUGCCAAUCUAUGGCGGAUGGAAAUAAAGGAGUGUGAUCAAAUGGAAGAAGCGAUUGCAGAGGAAGAAGGGCAAGGAAGCGCAGUGGAGAAGAUUACAUUCCCGAAUCUUUAUCGGAUGAAGCUGGAAUGUUUGCCCAAUAUGACUAAUUUUCUCUCGGGGAAGAAUCACCAGCUGGAAUGCCCCAAAUUAAAAGAGCUGAGCAUCGCCUACUGUCCCAAGAUGAGAAGUUUAACUAGGCAACCUUUGAUGGAGAUAGACCACCGCACUCCUUCACUUUUUACUUCGCAGGUACAAUUUCCUAAGCUUGAGUUGAUAUUUCUCUCUCACAUGGAAAAUUUAAGCAAAAUAUGGACGGACAGUCCUCGAGAUACUCUCAAUUUUGAACAUUUACGGGAAGUGAAGGUUGAGAAUUGUAAGAGCCUUGAAAAUCUGUUUCCGCAUUGGGUGGCUGCAAGUCUAAACCAAUUGGAGAAACUUCGAGUGGAGUUUUGUGCAAUCAAGGAAAUAGUCACAAGUGGGGAUAACAAUCCACACUCCACUACUGCUCAAGUACUUUUCCCGCAAUUGACUUCUCCGGUAUUCCAUGAUAUGCCACGACUCGAGAGUUUUUGCCCCGAUUUGCCUACUUUGAACUGGCCAUUCUUGGAGGAGUUGCGAGUGACACAUUGUGACAAACCGAACAUGUUUCCUUUGGUGGAAACCAUGAACAAGUGGCCUCGGAGAGAUGAUCAUCAGGACAUUUCAAACCAAGAAAUACACUCUUCAUUUGAGAAGGUAUGA